CGGACAAUUUAGAGAUGCCAAUCAGCCUACAACGCAUGUUUUUGGACGCGGGGGGCGGAGUACCCCUGAACCAUGGGGAGAACAUGCAAACCCCACGCACACGGCGGAAGUGGAACUCGAACCCCCAACCCCGGAGGUGCGAGGCAAACGUGUCAGAGGCGUAACUGCAUGGGUGGGGACACAGGAGUGUUUUGCCUUGCAGAAUAAAACUCUGAAAUACUUUCAUUUGAUGAAAAUUCGUAAAAUUCAUCAUUCGUAACUCCUCUGCUAAGUUAAUAAGUCCCCUAUUUUGCAAAAUAUGUCUGGUCUGCAUUUCCUUUUCAGGGUAAGAGCCUCAACGCCCACUAAAACUUUUGUAGCUAAUUACCGACAUUUUCUUAUAGAGGGGCUCUCUGGCGAGUAGUAAUUUCCAUUUACGCAAGUUUGCGCAGAAAAAAAGAAUGGAAGACGUGGGAAGGUUCAACAUCGCAGUACAACGGAUUUGAUUGUGCGUUGUCCAAAUCAUUUGUAAAGAGCAGUUUGAUGUCAAGAUGUCCUGUUAUUCUGUGCCUGAGGGUCAGCAUCAGUAGCGUCGGUAGCGAGGAUGCGCUUUCUAAACUUCCCUCGUCUAUUCGAAUAACGUUUUCAUCAUCACUUCACUUUGUCUCGAUGAGCUCACCUGCCAGAAAAUCGCUUUCUUUGAAUCUGCCCUCAUUCGGACCGUUUUGCAUCUGACGCACUCCCGUCCUACUUUCCAGUCAUCAACCACUGCGUCGAAUAACAAGUGCUCCCUGAAUAAAAAGUGCUCCAUGAGACAGACAGACCGAGCGAGAGAGAGAGAGAGAGAGAAGGGGGGGGGGGGCGCUGUUCCACACUUCUUCCUGUGCGCUCUUUUCUCCUCCUUUUCUCUUCUCCGUUCUCAGUCUCCGGGUUGUGCACACACAGGACACAGGUUCGCCUUCUUUUGCCUUUCUACUACAGAAAAGCACAUUACUGGCGCAAGAUUGUUUAGGGAUGCGAUCAAUGAUGUUCCUGUCUCUGCUGCUGUGUGCCAUCUGUCCCUUUGUCCUGCUGUCCUCUGCUGUCCCUGCACCAGGAACAGAUGAAACCAGGCUCUUGCAAGUGAUGAUCCCUGACAGCCCUCCAGUGUCAGCCGUUUUGGGAGGAUCCUUAAUCCUGCAGUGCCAUGUAUCACUGCCGCCCCUGUCCUUCUUGGGCCGCUUUGCUGGGAACACCAUGCCGCGGGUAAAGUGGAGCAUGCUCUCCUCUGGACGAGAGACUGAGAUCCUGGUAGCACGAGGGGAGAGGGUGAAAAUCAGUGAGCCUUAUAAAGGUCGGGCCUCUCUGCUGAACUAUGACUCCUCUCCAACUGAUCUCACUCUCCAGCUGGACAGUCUGAGGCACAAUGAUACAGGAUUCUACCGCUGUGAGGUCCAGCAGGGACUGGAGGAUGCUCAUGUUCUGGCUCAAAUCAAAGUGAAAGGCGUUGUGUUUCACUAUCGACAUGCCUCCAAUCGCUACGCAUUCUCUUUUGGUGAGGCCAAGAAUGCAUGUGAAGACAUUGGAGCUCAGAUUGCCACUCCAGAGCAGCUUCUGGCAGCAUACAACAGUGGUUAUGAGCAGUGUGAUGCUGGCUGGUUAGCAGAUGGAUCUGUCAGAUACCCUAUCCAUACGCCUCGUGAGGGAUGUUUUGGAGAUAUGGAUGGCCUGCCAGGGGUCCGGAACUAUGGCAUGAUGGAGGCUGAUGAGCUUUAUGAUGUUUAUUGCUACAUAGAAAACAUACAUGGCAAAGUGUUCUACGGAUCUACCUCACAGCGAUUCACACUGGCUGAGGCUAAAGCAUAUUGUAAACAACAGGGUGCACAAUUAGCCAGUACAAGUCAGCUAUACGCUGCAUGGAAUGAUGGUCUUGAUCACUGUAGCCCAGGUUGGCUAGCUGAUGGUAGUGUACGCUAUCCUAUUGUAAACCCACGAGAGCGGUGUGGGGGGUCUGAACCUGGCGUUAAGACAGUCUAUCGCUACAGCAAUCAGACAGGCUUUCCUGAGCCUCACACUCGCUAUGAUGCCUACUGCUUCAGAGCGGUCCUUAGUUCUCAGACAGACAUUGGCCAAGACAUUGUGACCUUAGCUGACACAGAGGAAGAGUUCAGUCCAGGUCAUGUGACUCAGAAGACAGAAAGUGAGGCUCAAGGGGCUGUUGAGAUUUUCUCAUUCUCCAGUAAGCACACACUUAAGACAGAGGAGCAUGACCCUACACCAUCCCCAUUUGAUAAAGUUCAUACAACCAUUGCUAGCAGAAUUAUCAUCACCACUCCAGAAAUAUAUGGACAGAAACCUGAGCCGACUCAGAGCUCCUGGCAAGCAGUGCUCAUCAAGCCCAUUGAUUCUGAGGCAGUGCCAAAGAUACACCUGGAACCCAGCUGGACUCAACCAAAGUCAGCAGAAGACCAAGAUAAAGAGAAUAGUACAGUCAAUUCAGAAGUGAAGACACACGAUCAGUUAAUGCCAGACAUCAACCUGGAGCUGGGUGAGCAAGUGGAAUACAGCAUAUUUACAGAGAGUAAACCAAACAUAACAACUGACAACAUGGAGCCAUUAUAUGAGUUUACGGAGAAUGGAGUAUCUGAAUCCAUGCCUGAGACCAUCCUUGACGAUCAAGGUGAAAGCCAUGUGGAUGAGCAUUCCACUGUAAUAGAAGAACAAGCAGGUAACUUCACUGUGGCAUUGGAAUCAGAUGUCAGUCUGGAUUUCAGAACUCAGACCACUUCUUCAGAAAUUACUGAGGGCUCAGGAAAUGAAUUGACUACAGCAUUCACUGAGAAGAUUGGCCCCAAUGUCACAGUGAGACAAGAUGAUUCGUAUGAACGUUCAUCAUCUGAAGUCACCACAGAGAGUUCUUUGCUGGAAGAUAUAAGUCAACCAACAAUGAGUUUUGAGCAAAGUCAUGAGCAGACUGUUGCAACAGACACUUCCAGUACUGUAGCUCAAGUGGAGCAAGAAACAGGACAUACUUCAGCUGAAUCCCUAGUAGUGUCUCUCGGUUCAGCUGAUAAUGACGGUGAUCAUGAGUCAGGUGUGACUGCGAUACCUGUACAUUUUUCAGAGAAACAAACAGAACCCAUUGAUGGUUCUGGUGAUGAUGAGAAUGUGCUACUGUUGACUCUUCUGACCGCACCGGCGCCUCACCUGUUGGGCACAUCAAUUUCCCCAAAUGCAUUGGUUGUGGAGGCUAGUUCCCCUCAGGAGUUGGACAUUACUGUUCCAGAGAUCAGUACUCCAUCUGGCAUCAGCAUCAUAAAGGAGGAGGUGAAGCAGUUUGAGCAGGAGAGGGUGGAAAAUGCACCUGUCCUCCAUCCCAUGCCAGCAACGCCACUGACUGAGACCAAGACAAUGUCAAGCAAAGACAACACUGGCCAUGAAGAUAACUCAUCAGGAACAGACAACUCUUCUGGACUGGGAUCUUUAGUCUCAGAUCUCUCCUAUCUCAAUGCCACUCCCAUCAUACCCUUCAACUCCACAUACCUCCUGAACAUAACAGAGGUUAAUGAUACUGAAAAUGUUCCCAGCACCACUCAUUUUGCUGUGGCAGUUACACUGAUCCCAGACAUGACCCUAACACCAAUUUGGGACACUAUGACCCCUCCCACCCCACCACAGGAGUUCCGGGCAGAUGUGGAGUUCAGCAGUGACACCCCAGUAAUCACAGAUGAUCCUGACUUCUCAGCCAAGUCAGACCCUACUGCAGCUUCCACCACUGAGAACCCUGAAGAGACCCAGAGUCUGACCUCCUCCAUGGUAACCAAUGACCAGGAACGUGAAGAUCAGGACCUGACUCCCACCACAGAAUCUCCAAACAGCAAGGAAGAGGAAGAACUGACAACCCCAACACACCAUACAACACCACCUCCCAGACUAACAGAGAGAGUGCUGGACAGAACAGGCAGAUCAGAUGACUGUUUGGAGAAUCCAUGUGCUAAUGGAGGCACCUGCAUAGACAUCGGUACUAGUGUCAGAUGCCUGUGUCUGCCAACCUAUGGGGGAGAAUUCUGCCAAACUGAUCUGGAGCAGUGUGAGCCAGGCUGGGAAAAGUUCCAGGGCAACUGUUAUAAGCACUUCUCAAAACGUCAGAGCUGGGAGGUGGCAGAGCAGCACUGUCGGAUGUGUGGCGGUCACCUGGUCUCUGUUAUGUCACCUGAAGAGCAAUAUUUCAUCAACCAUAAGUACAAGGAGUACCAGUGGACUGGUCUCAAUGACAGGACCAUUGAGGGUGACUUCCGCUGGUCUGAUGGAAACCCGCUGCUGUAUGAGAACUGGUAUCGUGGUCAGCCUGAUAGUUAUUUCCUAUCAGGAGAGGACUGCGUGGUGAUGGUAUGGCAUGAUGAUGGGCGCUGGAGUGAUGUGCCCUGUAACUACCAUCUGUCCUACACUUGCAAGAAGGGCACCACUGCAUGUGGCCAGCCACCUCUUGUCUUGAAUGCUAAGCAGUUCGGUGAGCGACAAGCUCGAUAUGUGAUUAACGCUCAGGUGCGUUACCACUGUGAGGAGGGUUUCCUUCAGAGACACAAACCCAUCAUCAGGUGCCAAAACAAUGGACGGUGGGAGGAGCCACAGAUCACCUGUACACCACAACCAGUGGAUUUAAGUAGAAAACAAGUUACAUUGCCUUCUGCAAAGAACUAGGAAGCCACAGAAAAUGCAAAACCACAGUGAUGGAGCUUUUAAACCAACCAGCUUCUUUGUUUUCUCUUUCUAUGCUCCAUUACCUUUCCUUUAAGAGACCUGCAUUACUCAUCAGUGUCAGUGUUUCAAACAAAAACACCGUUGUACAUCACACUUGUAUUGUGCUACUCCAUUCAUCAGCUUAUUUCAUACAUUUUUCUCUUUUCUGAAGGAAAUGACACUGAAUUACUUAUUUUGUAAUUCUAUGACACAAAAAGCAUAACUUUCACCCAACCAGUAAGUUACUACAGAACACAUUUUCCAAACAAUAGAGGUAUAUAUUAAAGCACUAGCAAAAAUUGCAAAAUGCAAAUGCGACUUAACCUCAGCUGGUCCGAAUUAAACUGAUGCCACUGUCUCAUAAUGACUUCACUUCAUCCCACUGAUAGUUCUCAUUACUGCCACCAGUAGGCAGAACAACAUGGCCAGGGUGAAUGGGAGCUCAGAAAUGAAAUAACCCAUUGCUAAAAUCAAUCCGAUGAGAAAUUGAAAAGGUACCAGCUCAUCUUCAGUGACCCAUUUGUUUAUUAGUGGCCUCUGACUGUUACAUCCUCACAUUCACAGAACCUGAUAUGUAAUCAAAACCAUGCCUUUAGCAUCAAAUUGGAUUAAAUAAUAUUCAUAGAUUCUAUAAUUUACUCUAAAUAAAUGUGGAAAAAGAGGGUUAGCAGUGGCAGGCCCUGGCUUACUUCACUUAAACCCUGCAGUGGAAAUAAGGUUAAUAAUACUCUCUGGCUGCUGUCAUUCUGACAUUUGUACUCAGUAAAACCUGUGUUCCUCAGCCAUGUAGAAUAUGUUUAUAAUCAACCCAAUUGGUGUUUAAGAAUCAAUUUCCAGUAUUUCAUCACACCUUUCAGUUAGGUAAAGCGCUGACCAAGAAUCAUCAAAUCCAGCAUACAGAUUCCCAGACAACAUGCUAGUUUUACUGUGGUCUUGUACAUCUCUUGAUUGAGAGCCUCAAUUUUUACAACACCAAAAACUGCCUUGACAUUUCAGUAUCCAAGCUUUAAGAGAACAAUAAGCCCUUUAUUGACUCUUUAAGAAAACAAGCAUCCUUAGAUACAGUGAGAUAUAAUAAAUUUAGUAAAGAAAAUUCCUGUGUGUGGAUUAAUUUGUGCCUGGCUGUGAAACACAAGCUUUACAUUUUCAAGUAAUUUGGUGCUCAGUUUUUUCAGGUCUCUUAUUUGCUCUGGGGAAUAAUCAGUACUUUAUGAAAGCUGUUCCCAACGUCAUAAGAACUAGCUAUGUUUUUACUAACCUAAAAGAAUUUAUUUCUGUAUUCUGCAUUUUUGGUGACAUUACAUACUGGUUGAGUGUACAUAUCUUUCUGUUUUUAAUAAUUUUAAUGUCUCAUUGUUCUUCAGAAAUAUUUGAUUUAAGUCUACUCAAAAUCAGAUUCAUAAGACAAAACAAAAUUGUCUAAUUCGGUAUAAGAUCCACUAUGCUCACUAAAUAUGGGGAAAUAAUGUCUAGUAAAGUUAGUUUUUAGGCUUACAAAAUUAAGACUAUUGGAUGUAUGUUACUGAAUCUAAUUAGCUGUCAAGCAUAGAUCAGCGAAUGUGUUACUAAUACACUAAUCGGUGCCACUAGGUCUAUCAUUUAGUACUUUACUGAUUUUGUACGCAAAUCUUUUGUGGUAAUUUAUUUUGUGGCUUGGUUUUUCCAUUGGGAAAUAUAGUAUGGAAUAAAGCCUGGAAGAAAUUAAACAAAGACUUCAAUUACUAACUUCACAAAAAUUGCCAUAGGCAUUUUUAUUUAUCUGCUCAUUUUGUCGUGUUUAGGUUUAAUUAAAAAAAAAAAUUUAAAAAGUGAAGCCAUCUGGUAUAUGGUACCAUAC